AUGAUUCUGCGGCCCUCGAGAAAGCUCGCGGGGCCAAUGUAUCGUCGAAAGUCCGGGCUGAUUGCGGCUCUACUCACCCUGUUUCUCUUCCUCCUCUUCCUUCAAACGCGAAUUCACCAUGAACCUGCUGAACCGCCGCCGGUCGCUCGCCCUGAAUCUGCCCCCGAAUCUGUGCCUGUGCCUCAAUCAGAUGUCGAGGCGAAACCGCCAGCCAAGAUCAAGAAUCCCCUCCUCGACAGCCAGGCUGCGUUCUGGCGAGAUCUCUAUCUGAUUAUCCUGAACAAUGAUCCCAAUUGCAGGAAUCCUCCCGACCUUGUCGUGCCCCAGAAGCUCGAUAUUGGCUUCGAUCCCACCCACAAUCACCCUCGACCUGAUAUUCUGUACAUGGACACCGCCGACAUUAAGCGCAUGCGUGAGGCCCAUUCGAACUUUGUCAAUGAUUUGACAAGCACUCCUCCCAAGAUACCAUAUGAGCCGGGUACUCGUGGCAUUGUCAUGACCGGGGGCUUCAGCCAACUUCCUGUCCUGGUCAUCUCAAUCCUCAUGUUACGACGAGCCGAGUCUGAGUUACCAGUCGAGGUUUUUGUUGCCGACCCGUCUGAAUGGGACGAGCAGAUCUGCAAUGUUGUCCUACCUGCCCUCAACGCCAAAUGCCUCCUCUUUUCCGACAUCUUUCAUGCUGCCAACACGGGCGUGUCGAUCGAUCGGUUUCAGUUUAAAAUCAUGGCCAUCCUUUUCUCUUCAUUUGAAGAAGUCCUUUUGCUUGAUUCCGACGCCUUUCCUAUACACAAUCCUCUGCCAUUGUUCCAAGAGGAGCCCUUCAAGAGUAACGGAUUGAUUGUCUGGCCGGAUUUCUGGUACGCCUCUGAAUCUCCGUACUAUUUCGAAAUUGCCAAAAUCGACAGGAUCCCCGCGUUGAAUGAGCGAGCUGCCGUCGAAUCAGGUGAAGUCAUGUAUUCCAAAGCGAAACACCAUCUGUCAAUUAUGCUCGCCGCAUAUUACAACUAUUAUGGGCCUACUUACUACUAUCCCUUAUUCUCUCAAGGGGCCCCCGGUCAGGGCGACAAGGAGACGUUUGCUUGGGCUGCCACUGCACUUAAAGAGCCGUUCUACGCUGUCCACCAACGCGUCAUGGCUCUUGGUCGACACGACACAUCUGGCAACUACCUUGGUAGUGCUAUGGCUCAGCACGACCCUGUCGCUGAUUAUACGUUUACAAUGGCCCAUGGCCCUCCCCACGAGCGAGUUCAAGAUGUUGACACCGGCAAGGACAACCACUUCGAUAUCCAAGCUAGCGACGUCAAACCAUUCUUUAUCCAUGCCAACUUUCCCAAAUUUGAUCCAGCCACCAUAUUCGGCCAUGAAAUAACAGGAUUUUCAGGCCAAGUAACCGGCGCCGGAGGACCGACUCAAGACUCCAACGGCACCAAGGUCCGUUGUUGGAUGGACGAAGCUCGUGCCAUGCAGUUGUUCGGUUUCGAUGUGGAGCGCAGGUUCUGGGAAGAAAUCAAAGGCACUGCUUGCGAGUAUGAGCACCAGUUUGGCACAUGGAAAGGCAAGCAAGGAAUCUGCGAGCGGACCCAGAAGUACUGGAACGAAGUGUUCGGUUCAGACCCGGCACUGGAAGAUCGCCAGAACAUGGGAACCUCAGUUGAAUUGCCAGCUCCGCCCUGA